GGGCUGGAAUAAUUUGGUGACAGGACAGAGAGGGGGUAUAAAAGGUCAGCUUUAGCAGGGGACAGUCAGGCCAAGAAGAAUUUGGUAUAAUCACACAGGAUAUUUUUCUACCUUGCAGAGCUGGUGAAGGAGCUGUGCAGCUAUUGUUGCGUGUAGAGUUGCUCACAUCUCAGCUGCUGAACUUUUUAACUCCUUUAGAGGAGUCACAGGCAUCUUGGGGACCUCAGUCAUCACUACUUGCACAGCCACUCAGUUUGAGAGGACACCUGCUAUAUGCGUACCCCAUGUCUCUCCCAUUUCUUAACGAUGGACUCCAAGAUACAUUUAGCAACGUGGAAGUUUUGACUGGGCCUUCCAGACACAGACUACCUAUCCUUGGAAAAUGGCUGACUUUGACAUGGUUUUGAAGCACUGGGGUCCAGUGGAAGCAGACUAUGCUACCCAUGGGAACAUGGUUCUGACCCGUUUAUUCACAGAGCAUCCAGACACUCAGAAACUGUUCCCAAAGUUUGUCGGCAUUGCGCAGGGUGACAUGGCUGGCAAUGAAGCCAUUUCUGCCCACGGCGCCACUGUGUUGAAGAAACUUGGUGAACUGCUGAAGGCGAAAGGCAACCAUGCUACCAUCCUCAAGCCUCUGGCUAACACCCAUGCAAAUAAACACAAGAUCCCCAUCAAGAACUUCGAGCUGAUUGCAGAGAUUAUCGGCAAAGUCAUGGCAGAGAAGGCAGGACUUGAUGCUGGUGGGCAGCAAGCCCUGAGGAAUGUGAUGGCUACUGUGAUCGCUGACAUUGAGGCUGAAUACAAAGUACUGGGCUUCAAAGGCUGACGACAAGCAACCCUGGAGUUUGAGGGCAGACAAGAAAAGUGUCUGUUUAGAAGUGCUUUAUAAAAAAUCCUCCUCACAAAUGAAGCAAUCACACUAGAAAUCAACUGCAUAUUAAUAUAACUACAGAGUUGAAGAUCAUAAAGAACGUAGUAAGCUUGCUUUUAUUGUAGGGUGAUACUGAACAGCAUCAGAUUGUGUCGAUUUUUCUUUCAUCAUGCUGAAAAAUUAACAUCUCCACUUUAACGAAUUUCAUGAUCUGACAUGAUGACAGCUACAAAAAUGUAAUAGUACUGUAAAUCAUUGUCUCCUAUUACCAAUAAACUCACUCUUGCUCUA